AUGCGUUCUGAGCACAAGCUGUUUGCCUCAAAGAAGCUCGAGGGUCUGCACAACUAUGACGCUUGGUUGACUGAAUUUUUGGAUUGGAUUGAUCAACAAGACCAGAGUAUAAAAGAUUUCGUGUCUAAGAAGUUUGGUUACGAGAAAACUCAUGAAUCCGUGAAAUAUUAUUAUGAUACGCUUUUGACAGAAGAGCUGAAGAAAUUAAAACGUCAGAUCAAUAUCUCAUUAUGUACUCUUCUUAAGAAUAGUCUUGAUACUACAAAAGUUGAUUCUUCAUUUAAUGAUUAUCACCACACUUUGGAGGAUAUUGAAAUUGUCGGUGAGAAAGAUCCAAUCGCCAGAAAGUUAGCAGAGUUUAAAUCUCAUUAUAAGUCUACCAGAUAUUUUGAAGAUAAGAAACGUCACACGAAAAUGUGGCCUACUACAACUGAUUGGAAAAUUGAAUGGAUGUCCACUAUGUUUAACCCAUUUAAGUAUACGGAUAAUGCUUUAAUUGAUCUUUUUGAGUCUUUUAAAGAUAAGAGUUUUGAUAAAGACUUUGACAAAGGGGUUGAGCUAGAGUCACGUCCAGGUCGUAAGUCUCAUAUGGUUGCUGAUGACUUACUUGCUCAUUGCAAACGGAAUCUUAAUAUUUCGGGUAAAGAACAGACGAAGACAAAGAAUGUUCGGAAAAUUAAACCUAAACAUAGACAGUUUAGUCAUUCGAGUCAGUCACAUGACAAAGACAAGAUUGAAAUUGUUCUUAAGGUUAAUGCUCAUGAUCACGAGGACGUGAUGGUAGAACUUCAACAGACUUUAGAACUGCAUCUAAGGACAGACUCAAACAACUUCAAGGGUAUCUCACUCCCAUUUGCGGAGAAUCCACCCGAAUCGUUCUACCAAGCGGAAGAACGUGAUUCCUAUGUCUCCACAACCCUCUGA